UGGACUGCAGCAGGCAUUCUGACACUGGGGGGAACUGACUUGGUGUCACUGACAUCCCCAGUGACACCAAUACAGAGAUCAGUGCUAAUAAAAAGCACUGACAUUGUACUAAUGGCACUGGGCAUGAAGGUGUUAACAUCUGGGACAAUCAAAGGGUUAACUGUGUGCCGUUUUACUGUAUGCUGUGUGUGUGUGUGCUUCACUGUAAGCCCACUGCUUUGCAUGGCUCUGCUAUGCAAAGCCAUGCAUAGCAGUUGUGCAGGAGCUGACAGGGAGGAGAACUGUUUUGUUUACUAACA